CGUCGCCAGUCGGGUGAGGCCAUCGUUGGGGAGAGGAGGAGCGUCGCGCGCGCGCCGCACAGAGCCGUCCGCAGCCGAGCCGAGGCGAGGGAGGGAGCGGACCGACCUCAAGCGGCAGGUGGUGCGCGCCAGUAGUGAGACGACGCUCCGCUCGGCCGGAGCGCGCCGGCGAAAGCGGCGGAGCAGGCCGCCCCGCAUUGAUAAGCUGUUGGAAAGCUGGAGGACGCGAUGGUGGUCGGUGGUGCGGAUAUCGGCUGUCGGCCCGUCUCGUAGCCGGUGGGCGCGCCGCGUGACUCGGUGUGACGGUCGGCGAGACGCGAGGAGGCAGGACGUCAGUGCGCGUGCGUGUCUGCGUGGAGGAGCAGCGGCAGUGCCGGGCGGCCGGACGGACGGCGCGGCCCCGAUGCUCCGGCUGCUGUGCUCGCUGCGCGCGCCGUAUGACCCGCUGGACGAGCGAGAGGAGGAGCUGCCGCCGCCUCCCGCCAUGGACAGCAACCCGGGCCCGGACGGCAACGGGGGCGACAGCGCUGAUUUGAAGCUGUCUCGGGUGGCGCGCAGCCCCGACCCGAACUCAUCAGGCGCCAACACGAAGGAGUCGGCCAUUCAGUCGUGGAAGGCGGCGCUGGGAAUAAAGGCCAAGUCCAACACCAAGCACCUCGACAGAUCAGUCCGAUCGCAGCAGGCGGCCGGCAGCCCCCAGGAGCCCGAGCGGUACAUCCGGCUACCGGAGCGGGCCGGAGCCGGUGGUGGCAGCCGGCCUCGCGACGCCGCCUCCUUCGAGCAGACGCACAUCUACUUGACGGCCAGCCCGCGCCACAAGGACCUGCUCCGACUGCCCGGAUCGCGCUCAGCGCGCGCACACCUAGAAAAGUCCAACUCGGAGAACGCCCUCCAGCGUCUGGGUGUGCGAUCACCUGCCGGCCCAUCGUCGUCGUCGUCGUCGUCAUCGUCACAGCCCAAGAGCAGCCGAGAGCCGUCAUCAGGUCCCCUCCAGAGGCUACUGCGGUUCGAGCAGCGCUCCCCGCGUGCCGCCAAGCCUCGCGCCUCGUCGCUCGAGCGCAACCACAAGUUCCGGGUGGUGCCAUCGCCGUCGCGCGCGCGCAGCCCCGAGAGCGUGCGCUCGCGCCUCGAGUCGCCGCCGCCGCUGUCGACGUCCCAGCAGGGCUCACCGUCGCCAAGGCUACGGCUCACGCCGGCCAAGCAUGAACUGAGUCCGGGCCUGGUCAAUCUAGUCAUGUCGAAGGACAGAGGAGGUGGCGGGGUGCAGGGUAACUUCAUCAACAAGCCGGCGCGCGGCUGGCUGCACGCCGAUGGUCAGGUGGCCGACGAGGGCAUCUGCUACGCCGUACGGUACAUCGGAUGUCUGGAGGUGAAGGAAUCAAUGAAGGCGCUAAACUUCGACACCCGCUCACUAAUCGCCAAGGAGUGCAUAGCGCGGGUAUGCGAAGCGGCCGGUCUCAAGUCUGCCGACCGGCGGCCACGGCUCGACAAGAAGAUGGCGCGCAGUCUAGGGGAGAAGCCAAUUAUGGACCAGGCGGGCAGCAACGUGAGCCUCACCAUCACCAGCAGUCGGCUGACGCUGACCACGCUGGAGGAGGGCCGCGUGAUUGCCAGCCACGAGAUGCCCAACAUAUCGUUCGCCUCCGGAGGGGACUCGGACACGAUGGACUUUGUGGCGUACGUGGCCAAGGACAGCCGGUAUGGACGGGUGUGUUUUGUGCUCGAGUGCGGCGGCGUGGCCCAGAACGUCAUCACCACCAUCGGCCAGGCGUUCGAGCUGCGGUUCAAGGAGUACCUCAAGAGGACACCCGCACACGCAAAAAGCUGCAUCGAGAUCCCGGCGCCGGCGCCGGCGCCGCCCGCAAACGACGACCCAGAGUACUACAAUGACCUGCCGGGGAAGGUGCCACCGGACGGUCCCGCAGAGCCGCCGACCGGGCCCCCGCCGGGACCGGCACCGCCCGCACCGACCGCGGCGGGCGCGGCGCCCCGGCGACCCGGCGGCGCCGAGGGCGGUCUGCCACCGCUGCCCAGUCUGCCGGCCGACCGCGACAGCAACCUAAUCGACCUGAGUUCACCGCCGGCGGCCAGCAAGGCCAGCCAGCACGAGUACGUCAACGGGGCCGUCAUCGCGGAGACCCGGCAGGCGGCGGCGGCGGCAGCGGCAGCAGCGGCCGCCGCUGGACGGACGGCCGACCCGCGAGAUCCGUUCGAUAUGCAGCCGUUCGGAGCCUGCCUGCCGGCCGGCGUCGGCGGCGCUGUCGGAGGGGCAGCAGCUGCGCCUCCGAGCCCCACACCGCGCUCACAGGCCGAGCACAAACGGAAACUGGCCGGAGAGAUCUGGUACCACGGGCCCAUUAGCCGACGGACGGCGGAGACGCUGCUGGUACGGGACGGUGAUUUCCUAGUACGCGAGUCGCAUGGCGCACCUGGACAGUUUGUCCUCACCGGGCUGCAGAACGGCGUGAAAAAGCACCUGCUGCUUGUCGACCCAGAGGGCGUGGUACGGACCAAGGACCGAACGUUUGACAGUGUGGCGCACCUGAUCCAGUACCACCGCGACUACCAGGUGCCCAUCCUGUCGGCCGAGACAGCGCUGACGCUUCGCAACCCGGUGCCGCGCCGCUGAGCGCCGGCCGGCAGAGCGGGCCACCGCGCACCCUGCACCCCUUCCCGUGCCAUCUUGCCACUAAUCGCUGUUUUGUUGAGCGCCGGACGCCACGGCCCAGCGGCCGGCCGGCCGGCCGCUCGCGUGGGGUCACAGCGCGAGAGAGCGUGAGUGAACGAGGGAGAGAACGAGAGGAGUGGGGUCACGACGAGCGUUUGUGCUGAUACUGUGCGAGACUGCGAGUGGGCUGACUAGGCGCAUGCUGUUGCUCAAGUAGCCUUUCAUAAUAGUGACGAUAUUAAUCCUCUAUUUUAUUGAUGCGGACCGGUUGUUGACAGUUCCUUCUGGGGUGUGUGUUCGUUGGGACGGGGGCGGCCGGUGCGGCCCGCCCCCCGUCCUCAGCAGAGCGGCACGCAGCUGUUCGGUGCACUGCGGACACGCCCGCACAGAGCCAUAGUAUGUGUGUGUGUCAGCGUGUGGGUGUGUGCAGGCUCGCUACAAAUAAUUGUUGAUAGCUGAGGGCGAGAGACAAAGCAGUGGCGAUAUCUUCCUCACGACAUGCGGCGCAGUCGACUGGCGUAUUUUUAGUUCAACAGAUUGUCCGUUAAUUUAAUAUUUUUAUUUUCUAUAUUAGUGGCGUGUGUAGGUAUAUUGGGUGGUCGCCGGGCACGGUGCUAUUGAUUUACAAAGAAUCAAGUUGUCGAGAGAGGUCUACGUUGACGGCACAUGGCGGCUGUCGGCUUUGUUCAUUGUAUGUACCAUACUCCAGUGAAGUAGUUUGCGUUUCACAUUGGCUUGCAUCAUGUACCGUGAAGGUAUAGGUAACUUAACUCGUAUAGAUGACCUGUACAUCAAAGAUUUAAACCAUGUAUAAUUUCAUGAAAUAUACGACUUAUUCUGUA